AUGAAAAAAUCCGAUGAAGAGAGGACGAAGGAAAGGUUUCAUGAGAUUCUUUCCAAGUAUCCUUUGGAGGUAUAUGCUGAUCUUGACAGUGGGAUGCGAGGACGAGGGUUGUUCGCAAACAGAUCGUUCAAGGCAGGAAACAUAAGCGACCUCGACAAGAAGCGAAUUGCCUGGACCUCUGAGAUCGCUUUGACUGGCAAACUGAUGGAGGUGCUUGAGAAAGCCGCUUUCGAUGGCACGGGUUUCUGGUCGGAGUAUUGGUGGCUCUUCCCAACCACCGACAGCAAGGAGAUCCCUUCCAACCUCACCCGCGCCAUGCUCGAGGAGUUCGCAACCGUCGACCCGCAUGUCUCUCUCCUCCUCCUUGACCAUCGCGCGAAGCUGCGAGCUGCGUGGGAGAAGCUCAAGGGGACGGGAGGGGUCCCUCCUGUGCUGUUCUGGGCCAACAGCAUGGUAUUGUCAAGAUGCUUCCACUUCUGGGAUCAGCAGGUUGAUGGGAAGAAGAGGUCGCGAGGAGGGCUUGUUCCCUUCAUCGACCUGCUCAAUCACGAUCGCGAGCCGAACUGUCGCCUCAUCCAGCAUGGCGAUCGGAUCUGUGCAGAAGCGUGCAGAGACAUCGAGGCCGGAGAAGAGUUGACCCAUCCUUAUGCUCGCAAUGUUCCCAACCUUGCCAUCUUCACGAGGUUUGGGUUUGUGGAGCAGAACAAUGAAGAGGACCGAGUGAGCCUGCCGCCUUCCAUCCCCGCCAUCCCCAGGAAGCUCGUCUUGGAGAUAUUGGAGCAGGAGGAUAGCAGUAAGAACUGCGAAUCUUGUAUCGGGUUCAAACCCUUCGUGGAGGAGAGAAGAAAAGUCGUUCUUGAGCUCUUGACAAUCUGCCGAGACCUCGCUGAGAAGCUCGACGUCACAUUGCCAGGAGAGGAGGAGGCAGAGGCUGUUGACACAAUGAUCGCCGACCCUUCUGCUUCCAAUUUCCUCGACAACUUCUUUGGACGCGAUACUUCGGAACAGCCGGAUAUCUACUCGCUCCUGGCACCGAGGACAGAAGAAGAGCUGGCCGAGUACAACAGUGACGACGAAGGAGGAGGAGCACCUGAGCUGCUCUUACACAAACCGCUGCUGGUUCUGAGCGGACUCAAGGGCAGCCUAGAGUGCUCUGAGUUGUUGAUCGAAUCAUCUGCAUCCCCCUUCCCCUUCCCCUUCCCCGUGCUCUUCAUCUUCUCUUCUCCUGAUCCACUUGCAACGUUGAACGACAAGGAGAGAAAGGAAGGAGAUCUCAUGGAUGAAGAGACGUCGCCAAGCAUCGACAGCGGCGAUGCGGGGCAAUCCAAGAAGGCUUCCUGA